AAUUGCGUCUGCAUAUGCAUUUACCAAUCUGCUACUACUGCCGCUGCUGCUGCUGCUACUACUGCUACUACCGCUGCUGCUACUGCUGCUGUUGCUACUGCUGCUACUGCUGCUGCUGCUACUGCCGCUGCUGCUUAGCCUGUUUUUGCUUUGUGUGUGUGUGUGUGUGUGUAUGUAUGUAUGUAUCAUUGGUUUGUAGCCCCUUCUUCUGGUAUGUCUUUUUCCCAGCAUUUUUGCAAGGCGGUGGCGCGUUAUUUGCAACUUUUAUGUGUGCGAUCGGUACGCUGCUGAGGUGA